CAUACAAUUUUAAUAGGAAGUCCGUUUCGAUAUCAGACAACGUCGUGUUUACUCUUCGAGAUCGUUGAUAAAAAAAAAAACACAACUGUCAACGCGAUACGUUCGUAAACACUGUCAUUAAUUGUCAAAUAUUUUUCGAAUAUCAGAUUAAUUCGACUUUGUUUACCCUUGGACAACUUAACACGCGAUUCGUAAGGAACACACCGAUGACACCUGUGGUCGCAUAUAUCGUGGCCAGAUGAGAACGACGGACGUCUUCUUCCCGAUCGCGAUGAGUUGGACAACGUAAGGUCGAUCUUACCCGGGACACCGACUGAGUUACUGAACCCGCUGGUAGACGAAAUAAUGUCGUACGAACAGACUGCUUGCGACGAUCUUAAAGCUUUUGAGCGGCGACUAACAGAGGUGAUUGCUUCCAUCAAGCCAAUAACUAAUCGAUGGCGAACAAUUUUAGCUAUUUCGACAUUAAGUGCUUCAAUAGGCGCCUAUUAUUGGUUGACAGAUCCUCAAACAGCUAAAGUAUCAUUUGUUCAAUCGCUGUACAAUCAUUUAUUGUUUACCAUUUCUUCUAUAAUGCUUAUGAUAUUACUCUUAACUGGAGUACACAAAAAAGUUAUAGCAACAUCAAUAAUAACGUCACGUGCGAGGCAAGUGCUAGCUGAUUUUAAUAUGUCUUGUGAUGAUUCUGGAAAACUAAUACUUAGGCCAAGGCCUCAACAAAAUACAUGAUGAUAAAUUCACAAUAACAUGAUGUUCUAUUUAUUUUGUUUUUACUCUGUCAGUAUAAGCGUUACAUAAUAAUUGUUUAUGAAUGACAAGACACCCUACUGUAACGAGUAAAAUCUAUCAUUUUGAAUUUUAAUGUAUCUAAUAUACAAUGUGCUUAAAUUUGGGUGUUACUGUUACUAAACAGGUUUGUAUUUGAUGUGUUUCAUGGUUAUAUACAUAAUAUAAUAAAUAUUUAAAUAUUAUGUAUUAUUAAUAAACUGAUAUAGAUAUUCA